AUGGAUGUGUUGGCGUUCAGACGUCUGAGCGCGAUGAUGAAUACGUUUGAGAAGAAUGUGGAGACGCACGGGAUCGCGAGACAGGUGGUGGUGAUCACGGCUGGGGCGGAUACGCGGGCGUUUCGAUUGCCGUUUCCGAGCGGAACGGCGAUUUUCGAGUGCGCGGACGGGACGGUGCACACGAAAGCGGCAGCCGUGAUGAAGAAAGUUGGGGCGAAACCUUCGAAGGGGUGCUCGCACAGGCGCGUGCCGGUGGAUGCGACCGCGACAGACGCGGCUUAUGGUGAUUUAGAGGAACGUUUGGAACGCGCGGGAUACCGCCCAGACGUGCGCUCGUUGUGGUUGGUGCAAGACGUACACGCGUGGGAUCACUCGCGGUUGUCGAAUUUCAUCACCGAAAGUGCGGAUUUGAUGACAACCGGGAGCGAACUCAUCAUAGACGCCAGCGCGUUGACGUCGACGGACGACAUCAUUCGUCGAGAAUUUGCGUCAAACGGCGUCAUGCCCGAAGUCGUGCGCAUCCCCGCCGACGAAGGUCGAGAGCCCAUUCGUUUAGUCUUAGGAUGCGCCCAGCGAGUGUCGCUGAAGGAGUCGGAGUAUUAUCGUGAGCAAUUGCGCGCCGCCGAGGACGAGGCUGACGAAGACGGCUUUGAGGACUGA